AUGAGCUCCGGGGCUGAGGGCAGACUCCCAGACAAGAGCGCCAUUGACGACGGCCGCCGCACCGCAUCUGCCACACUCCUGCCCCGGCGACCUUUGACUCCGCCCUCUCCCCCCUCUCCCCCUCACAUGUGGCCAGGUCAAGGGCAAGGGGUCAGCACGAGGCGCUCUCAGCGGUCAGGCUCCACAAGGCGACAGCGGCGUAAGCGACAGCCAACUCGACGGCGGCCAGGCGGGGGCGGCGGGUGGCGACAAGCGGCAGCGUCGGUCGCGGCAUCGACGCUCAGGUUCCAGAGGGCGCCGCGACCCUUCGUCAGAGUCUCCCGCGCCCUCGCCGCCCCUGAGUCUGGAGGUGGAGGUGGGUGGCUACGCCCCCAGCGCGCCGCCAAGCAUAGAUGUCCUCCCGCUCUCCCCCUCGUCACCUCCGCUGCCCUUGGAGGCAGCGCCGAGUCCCAUCCCCAGUGCCCCUCCGAGCCUGGAGGACGCGCUGCUAACGACGGAGGGAAGCCACGACGAACGAGGGAGCGCCGCCCCCCGCCCUGUACCCCUCGCCUCCCCCACCCCCUUUCCCUCGCCCCCGCCGCGCCACUCGCACGCUCUUCCGCCACGUCCCCCUCCCGAGCCCACACAACUACGUCCCCCUCCCGUCCCUCCUCCGCCACAGCCCUUCCGCGCCCCUCUACCACCAUCUCCAUCCCGAGGCCCUCCACCACGUCGCCCUCGCGCCCCUCUGCUGCGCCCAUCCCUCGCCCGCAGGUCACCGCGACACGCCACACCUCCCGCCCGACCACGACCCCCAGCGCCGCCACUUCUCCCGCCCACUCCGCCCGCCUGGCCUCGCCGCCGCCGCCGUCAGCCACUGCCACUGAAGGGACAGCCUCAAACGCCAGGCGAGGGCAGAACCAGCGGCGCCGCCAACGACGGCGCGGCGACAGCAACAAUAAUAACAGUGCCACAUCGACGACCGACAGAGCCGCAGCCGGGACGACCACCGCCGCCAACGACGCUAGAUCGAGAAAUGGCAAUAGCAAUAACAGUAAUAAUAACAAUAACAAUAGCACCGCCAACAACAACAACGUUCGUGACAGCCCUAGAAGGAACGCAUAUGCAGGGUCGUCCUCGGGAGCUGGUCUGGAGGCGGAGCGUCUGCGGGUUCAAGGAGGGACGUGGACCCACAGUCACUCGGGUCUGAUGUCAUCCCUCGCCGUCACUGUGACCACGUUCAACAUCUCGAGGUUCGCCGUGCUGGGAGCCCGUUUCGGAUGGCCGUUCGUGGUGCAGUGGGGCGUGGUCUCCCUGGUGCUGGGGCUCCCUCUCAUGACCUUCCACAUGACAGUCGGGCAGUACUUGGGCGCCGGCGUCGUCGACAUGUGGAGAAUCUCACCCAUAUUCCAGGGUGUCGGCUACAGCUUGGCCCUGGCGCAGGCGCUGCUGGGUGUGUACUGCUGCGUGCCCAUAGCCUGGCUCUUCAUCUACUUCAGGGACUCCUUCAGCAUACACCUCGGCAUGUUCCGGUGGGCCGACUAUCGGCUUGUCAACACCUCUUCAUUGCAUGAGAACUUCAGUGCAGUUAUCGAGGGAGUUCCAAAAUAUUUCAAUACCCAAGUGUUGCAAAGGAGCGAUGGCAAUGCACCCUGGCUGCAAGACCUGGGUUCUCUCAAGUUCGACAUGGCCUUCAAUAUCGCUCUUAUUUGGAUCAUUACUCUGAUUGCCUUGAGUAGAGGUAAUCAGCUGUAUGGAAAGGUGUGUUACAUUAUAUUCCUGUUGCCACUACUGUGUUAUUUGGUGGUGUGUCUCUAUCUGGCAUCAUCGACCAAAGAUGACCUCUACAUGAAUGUCGCAAACUUCAAUGGUAUUUUCACAAACAGCCGUUCAUGGAUGGCAGCUAGUCGAGAAGUGUUCCUAGUCUGGGGCCUCCAUGGGGCUGUCCUGCAACAAAUGUCUGCUCAUAAUAAGCGUGGUCAUCCAUUAUACCGAGACACCACGAUAGUGUGUCUCAUAACCACACUCACCCUAGUACUGGCAGCUGUCACAGGCUUAUCAUGUGUGUCUGGGUUUCGACAAAACAACUUAUAUUAUAAACCCUCUUCUUUUGAAAGAACAGAAACGGCACAGUUCCUUUCCAACACCCCCUUCCGACAGCCUGUGUUGCAGGAGCCUUUGCUUCACUUUCGGAAGACCAGUGGGCCCCCAACCAUGUCUGUGGAAUAUAUGCACCACGACAACUUCUACGCAGGGAUAAGAAUACGAACACACAGAAGUAUGAGUGUGACCAGAAAAGAAGACUAUGAAACCAGCGGCUACCAGAGCCUACGUCUUGCGACAGAGUUGUUCCCUGCACUGCUGGGGGUGAACGGCACGAAGCUCAUCUCGCCCUUUUGGUCCUCGCUCUUCUUCCUGAGUCUGCUGCUCUUCGGAAUAGCGCAGCAGCUGGCUAUGUGGCGGACAGUGGUUGAGGCAGUGAUACGCAUCAACCAAGAGCGUCUGCAAGCAUGGGAGACCUUCAUCACCUUCCUAUGCUGCGUGUUUGGGUUCUCAGCUGCACUUCCCAUGGCAACUGGGGCGGGGAUACAGAUAAUGUACUUCCUUGAUUAUGUUGUGAGCUGUGGAUGGUGGCUGAUGAUAAUACAACUAGUCCAGAUAUUUGCUCUCUUAUUCGUUCGUGGAAAGCCUUACAGUGGGCACGACAUAGUCAGUGAGCUGAUGGGAAAGAGUGACCAGUGCCGUUCACUGUGGCUAGGUCCUCUUACAUCCUUUGCCUGGAAUAUUAUAGUCCCAGUUGGUCUCCUUGUGCUGUCCAUUUCAUCAUUCAAGUCUGGACAAUUUAGAGAAGUAUUUGCCUGGGGCAGUAAUAGCUACUGGCCAAUAUGGGUCUGUCAACUAGCAUCAGCUAUGCAACUUUUCCCAAUUCUUCUGGUGCCACUUGUGGGCCUUAUUCAGACUUGCCGAUAUUUGGCUUCAACUGAUGAUGAUUUGUUUGAGAGAAUACAGUUGCUGUACAGACCAUCUCUCAGACAACGGACAAGUGGCAACAGCUUCAUGUCUGUCACUGAAGAAUCUGAAGUUGAUGGAGUAGAAGGUUCUAGAGAAGGCCAGGGAGACCAAGGAGCCAAUGUGACUCCGCGACCUUACAGUGACCCUCCCCCUAAAUAUACCCCCCCACCAUCCUAUUCUACUGCUACUGGUGUCAGAUUUGCAAAACUUCUGAACCAAAGUUUACGCCAGAGCAUGCGCCGCCUCCGUGAUACGUUGCGAAGCAAUGCAGAAACAAAUGUAGCAACAGACACUGAGGCAACAGCUCAGUUGGAGGAAUGCCAAAUAACUGAAACACAAGUCAGAACAUCAACACCUUAUAUCCCGCCACCUGAUUAUGUAACGGCAGUUAGUGAGUGUGCUCCAGACCGAAACCAGAGUUCUACCUCCACAGAGCCUCCUCCCAGGUACUCUACACUGGACCCUCUGCGGCGUCAACAGGCUCUGGCAGCCUUGGGGAACAGUCUAGCUUCUGGUUCUCAUGUCAAGGCAGAUGGGGACCCGGACCAAACAUUACCCACGACAUCAGAGUUGCACCGAGAUAACAGCCUGCGCAGAUCAGGGCUUCGCCGUAGCAUUGCAUCAGGUGUCCGCAGGAGUGCUAGGCGCCUGGCUGCAACACUUGGGGUUGGAAGUGGUGAGGAUGGUGCUACAUUAGUCAACAGUGAAGUGCCCCUUAGUCAAGAUAGUCAACAAGGUGGAGAAAAUGAGGAAUCGCAUCCUUAUGCUUUUACCAAUUUUGAACUUGUUUCUCAGUCAGAUGCAUAAAUUAGUUGUAAGGUUACUUAAAUGUUCCCAAAAUGAAAAUAGGCAUUAAUAUUUAUAAUGUAAAAUUUGAAUGUUAUCUGUUGUUUUCAUAGUUUUAGAAUUUUAUUGUAGGCUAAGUUGCCUAAGUUUAUUACUAGAAAUUACAAGAAACUAUACAGUGCAAUAGAAAAAUGUGCUUCUUUUUAAUAUUAUGGUGAUAGAGAAUGUUUCAUAUAAAUCGUCCAAGGGUGAUCUGUUUUAGUACAUUGCAGUCAUAAUGUACGAAAAAGUGCUACAGCCUUGGGAUGAACAAUGUAUGAACAAUAUCUAAAAAAGAUAGAAGUUUUCCACAUUUUAAAGACAAAAAAUUAAUUGCUUUUAUGUGUGGUGCUCUUCAAUCUUGAAUUGAUAUUUUGCCUAAGUGAAUAUAUAAACAAAACAUCUGUGAUAUUUAAGAACUUUUCUCAGACAUGCUGUGUCACAGAAGAUAUAGCUGUCAGUGAUAAAUACGUGGACCAUACAUUGGAUUGGCCUAUACGCUUAAUUCAUAAAAUUAAUUUGAUAAACUAGGAGCAGCUCUUAUUCUUUCCAGGUGCACUAAGAGUUAAUACUUUGUCUCUGAGGUUUACAAAAUUCUAUUGUAUGAGUAAAUAAAGAAAGCCUUUAAAAAAUCAAAUACACAUAUGGGUCUUUUGCAAAAUAUACAUUGCAUCCAAGUCUUUUCAGACCAUUGCCUUUCUUGACAUUUUUACUGCAAAAGCCUCAUCAGCUAAGUAUUGACAGGUUCAUUUGAUCCAUGGAAGAGUUGCCAAUGAGAAGUAUAAUGAGAGCAAAUGCUACUACUGCAGUACGUCCUGGCUUCAUAAAUUUGUGCCAAACUCCAAAUAGUGAAGCUGGCAGUAAAGUACUCUGUAAAGGAAAGGUUUGCCUGGCUGAGAAAAAUCUUGUUUAUAGAUAGCUUCUUUAAAAUAUCACCUAGUAAUAUUCUGCUGCUAUUGUGAUGGGAAAAUACAAGGUUUCUUUACACAGGUAGAUCCACUCCAUCUAAAUGAAAAUCCCAAUUGGCAACUUCAGCCCCCACCUCAUCCCCUUUAUUUAUUGAAAAUAUUAUAAUUAUUUUCUUUUUUGGUCAUGGUUUAUUUUUCAUUUUUUUUACCACUGUUACUACUGAACAAUUUCAAAAGAAAAAGCAUUGAAAAAGCAUCAUAAAUAUCUCACAAAUUGUUGGAGUCAAAAAAUGGGUAGAGCUAAUAUCAUCAUCUCGUUUAGCCAAUGAGAGUGCGCCAUGAGAUAAUUCAUAUAACUAGAUACUUAAUUAUUUGUAUAAUUUCCUCAAUAUUAUUAUAUUUACCAGAUGUAAAAUCAAAAUCCCCUUUCAUUUAUAACUAAGAGUUCCUUACAAUUAACAGCCUUCAGAAUACUCUUGGGAAAAAGUCAAUUCAUUUUUGGGUUCAAUAGGCUAAAUGGAAGUGGAGCUACCUGGUUAUAUGUACCUUGGUAAAAUAAUAAAUUGGCAAAUGUCUAGUUUUAAAUAUUAAGAACUACAGCUUUGAAUUUGAGACAUGGUACUCUGAAUAAGGGUCAUUUCUGACUUUUGCACAAUUUUCCAUUGUUUUCAAUGUAAACAGGUCACAUUUUUCACAUAGAAUGACCAUAUUGUUGUUGUUGUACUGGAGUGUCAAGUAAAUAUGAAAUUUAGUGCUGAUAUUGUAUAUGGUGUGAUAAAAUUCAGAUUUUGCAAAAUCAUAUGGCAUCAGUUGAUUAUAAUGUAUUAGACAGGGUGUAAUGUCAAAAUAUCUACUCAUAAUUAUUAUCAAUGAUGGAAGUCAGUACUAUGUCUGUAUUGUAUUUGGAUAACAUUUCCUAUGCAGAAUAACUAAAAUCGAUUAUAUAUCACCACAGAUAAAAGAGAAAGUCAGUACAGUUCCUUUCCUUUCACUGUGAGGCAUGUAAGCAUUUAUACAAAAAGCUUCCAGUUUACCAGUCUUCCAGGGUGACUGACACAAUAUAUCAGUGCAAAUGUGGAAGAUCUGUUUUCUCUGUCACACACGGAAGUUUACAUCUUGUAUGUUUCAGUGUUUUAAUCCAUUUUUUUCUUUUUUGUCUAUGUAAAUAUAUGUUUAAAAAAACAGAAAAGAAAAAAUUUGUAUAUCAUGAUCAUAAGCUUCAUAAGCUUUUUCUGAUACUCUUUGAUUCAAGGAGCUGCCAGCCAUGCGAAUGGUAUGUAGUGUUAUGGAUAUAGCUUUGUGGCUCAACCAUAUAUAUAUCCACCACUGUCACAAUACCUUUCUCCUGAUAGGUUAAUUCCAACCUGUGGUGUCUUGUAUUUCAGAUCUACAAAAUCUGUUUUUAAGAAACUUCUUGGUAAACAAACUAAAAAAAAAAAAUAAAUAGAUAAAUAAAUAAAAAAU